CUCGCUCGCCGCCGCUCACUCUGCCUCCUCCCCUGCAGGCGGCCAGCGAUGGGCGACUGGAGCUUCCUGGGGAACAUCCUGGAGGAGGUGAGCGAGCACUCCACGGCCGUGGGCCGCGUGUGGCUCACGGUGCUCUUCAUCUUCCGCAUCCUCAUCCUGGGCACGGCCGCCGAGCUGGUGUGGGGCGACGAGCAGGCCGACUUCGUGUGCAACACGCAGCAGCCGGGCUGCGAGAACGUCUGCUACGACGCGGCCUUCCCCAUCUCGCACAUCCGCCUGUGGGUGCUGCAGAUCAUCUUCGUGUCCGCGCCGUCGCUCCGAGCGGACCCCGAGCGGGUAGCGGUGACGGAGAGGCUGGAAGCGGAGAGAGUGAGCACAGAAGGGCAGGAGACCCCGGCGGUGGAGGGGGAGGACGAGGCCUCCCAGGUGGAGAAGGAGGGGGAGGAAGGAGAGCUACCGGCUGAGAAGGUGGCGAAGCCAAGGCUGCCGGCCGAGAAGUCACCUUCCCCUGGUGCAGAGCUGGCUGGGGAUGACACCAGGCCCCUGAGCAGGUUGAGCAAAGCCAGCAGCCGGGCCAGGUCCGAUGAUCUGACCGUCUGA